GAGAAUACUACAACGCUCCAUCUGUUCGAUCCCCCUCGACACCUUAAACUUCGUCGCACUCCGUCACAAGAUAUCCCGAUCAGGCCCUUCCAGUUCCAGCUCUGACACUCAUCCUCAUCGCAACACUACAACUCGCCAUUCUGCACCCAGCACGAUUAGCAAAGAGACACUUGUGACCUUUCUGUCCGGCUGAAUUUCCCAAAGCUCUGUGAAGUAACCUCCUCUGCUUCUGAACUUAGUCAUACUUCAAGAUGUUCAGAAACAACUACGAUAACGAUUCCGUGACAUUCUCGCCGCAAGGCCGUAUAUUUCAAGUAGAGUACGCACAGGAAGCCGUCAAGCAAGGCUCAGUCGUUGUCGGGAUCGUCAGCAAGACGCAUGCAGUUCUCGCGGCUCUGAAGCGAAAUGCAGAAGAGCUGUCCUCCUACCAAAAGAAGAUUAUCCCUAUUGACACCCACUACGGUGUCGCUUUGGCCGGUCUCGCAUCAGAUGCUCGCGUCCUCUCCAACUUCAUGAAGCAACAAUCACUCGCGUCCCGCCUCACAUAUGACCGCCCAAUUGGCUUAGCUGAGAUUACCAACCGCAUUGGCGACCGUGCACAAAGUAAUACCCAAUCGUACGGCAAGCGACCAUACGGAGUCGGUCUCCUAAUAGCUGGUGUCGAUGCUACGGGCCCACAUCUGUUCGAGUUCCAGCCGAGCGGUGUGACACAGGAGAUGCUAGCAUGUGGGAUCGGAGCACGUAGCCAGAUGGCAAGGACCUACCUCGAGAGGAACUUGGACGAGUUUGCUGGUAGCAGCCGUGAGGAUUUGGUCAAGCAUGCGCUUAGAGCAUUGAAGGAAAGCCUGAGCCAGGACAAGGAGCUUACAGUGGAUAACACAUCGGUCGGUGUUAGUGGCGUGAGCGAGGAGUUCGUGCUUUAUGAGGGCCAUGAGUUGACUGGCUGGCUGGAUGCUACUUUCGAGAAUAAGGAGGAGACCACUGCAGAGGGUGGAGAGUCAAUGGAGGUCGACUCAUGAAAAUUGUGAAGCCGUAGAUUGAAUGUGUACUCUUCUGCAAUAGCACUGUAAUCAGAAACGAGCCACAUCGUAUUCGAACGAGGCAGCAGAAUUACAGCGCAUUUUCCUG